AUGGUUGUGAGGCAUUUCUACUUCCUGGGUGAGCCGCCAUCAUCUUCAAGGCCGUUGGAUGUUGACCCAUCAAGCACAUUCGGCCAACUACAAUAUCUGAUCGCGGGAUUCUUCGCCAUCGUCAGCCCGGAUGGCAUUGCUUUACAUUGUCAGGCCCCUUUGAAACGAGUCCCAGAUGUAAUCUCCACCAACUCACCCAUAGCGAUCAGCGUCGAUGGCCGGGCCAUUCGCGACGUUCCCGGGCCCAAGGGAAUCCCUUACAUUGGGAACUAUCUCGAGAUAUACCCGGACCAUCUGGGAAACCACCAACGCCUUUUCGAGCAUUUCGGACCCAUAUUUCAAACCCAUAAUUUUGGUCGGGUUGUUUAUCAUACCAAUGAUCCGGCUCUGGCAUCUAUUGCCUUUUCCGAGACUGGUUUUUUCACGAAGAGCAUCAACCAGUCUCAUCCGCUACACGGGAUCAAAAACAACGAUGCGGGGAUAUUCAUUGGUGAUACCGAGACCGACGCAUGGAAUAUGGCCCAUCGGUUCUUCCCUCCAGCGUUUAGUUUCAAAGCCGUAAGGCACUAUGCUCCGACUAUUCAAGCAAUCGUCGAGGAGUCUUUUGGAAUUUUUGACAAAUUGGAUUGUGAUGCGAGGGCGUGGAAUGUAUAUCACUACAUGCUAAAGCUUGCCUGCCAGCAGAUUGGUCGUCUGGUGCUGGGUAAGGACUUAGGGCACUUUUCAUCCGUCGAUGCCCCUCUGCAUGAGCUUGUGACUCUCUUUGGCGAAACUCUACAUCUCAACAAGAAGGUUACUUAUUGGGGAGAUUGGUAUGCCAUGCUGCCCUUUGGCGACCCGAAAAACCUCCGCCAUGUCAGAAAGCACCUCGAUAACCUUAUUGAGCUAAGCAUUGAUUCGGCAGAGUCGGGAGGCGUAGAGAAAUUGAGCUGCGAGGAUGCCGCCCUGAAGGCCGCGAAUAUCGUCGACUACGCUGUACGCGCGCGUGAUGGCAAGGAUCAAAAGUUGCCGCGCAAAAACCUCAUACAGGGCUUGGAAGUCAUAGUGGGAGCCGGAUUCACAACAACGAGUUCCCUCCUCUCAUGGCUCGUAUACAGUUUGGUAGCGUAUCCAGGGGUUCAGGAUAGAAUGUUACAGGAACUCGUGGACCACGAGAUUGACGAAACUACCCCACUAACCCCCGAUUUCAUCCGCAAGCUUUCGUUUCUGGACAACUUUCUUAAAGAAACCCAGCGUCGACACAACCCAUCCUACCAACCUGCCCGGACUGCCAAGUUCGAUCUCAUUCUUCCGGGGGCGUUCCGCGUUCCCAAAGACACGGUCAUUAUCCCUGCGCUGCAUCAUAUCCACAACAACCCUUCCAUGUGGGACAACCCGGCGUCGUUUCAACCGGACCGUUGGAAUAUUAGAGAGACCAAGAAAAGGGCCAAGGAGGCCUAUAUACCAUUUGCAGCCGGGCCACGGAUGUGUAUUGGGUAUAACCUGGCUCUCCAGGAGGUGAAGAUUAUUAUGAUAAAACUAGUGUAUCGAUACAGAUUUACUCGAGAGGGUGAUGGGGCGAUUGAAUAUGACCCAUUGCAUCAGGUUAUUGUGCCCACGAAUCUCUAUGUUCGUGCAGAGAGGCGUGAGAAAUGGCCACAGAAAAGCAACUGA